GGGCUUCAGAAAGCAAAAACAUCAGUAGGGAUGGGAUAAUAUUCAAAUAAUAUUUUAUAUAUAGUGUGAAUUUAGUAGGGCAUGAGAGAGCCCUCAUGGGUCAGUUGUUAAGUGCUUGACUACUAGUCAACUAGUGGCUCCACAGGAGAAAGACCUGGUGAUCUGCUCCUGUAAAAAUUAGUCUAGAAAACCCUAUGGGCCUCUUUUUCUCUGUUAUACGGGGCCGCUAUGAAUUGAAAAUCGACCUAACGGUAUCUAACAUCUGUAGGUGUGCAGUACAUUUACAGUUCAAGGACAGUGAUUUCAAAUGGUGGGUACAUUUUUUAAAAAGGCACAAAAGUGAUAGAGAACAUAAGAGAGCAAUAAGAGAUUGUCUGGCUGGAUUAGUGUCAGGGAGAGAAGGCCAGAAAGUAACAAUGUAGAGGAUAUAGAAUUUAAGUGUACCAGUUGCUGAGUCAUAUGUCAGUUAUUAUUGUAAAUAUGCCCUGUGCAGUUGACAGAUGCUAGGGCAAUGCAGGAUCUAUAUUGGCCAACCGUUAAGCACUUGGCUGCUAACAAAAGGUUGGCAGUUAGAAUCCACACAGAGGUGUCUCAGAAAAAAGUCCUGGAGUUCUACUUCAGAAAAAUCAACCUCUAAAAACCCUGUGGAAAACAGUUCUGUUCUGACACACAUGAAGUCACCGUGAGACAGUCAAAAUUGACUCCACAGCAUGGGACUGUCCAAGGGUCAUUCCAAGGAGGGGAAUACUUGAGUUGUUUAUCUUUGUUGUAUAUGGUACAUUAAAUUUUAUACUUAAAAACCACAUUUCUCUAUGACUUGUUCACUUGCUUACCAUAUAAUAAUACAUGGGGAAGAGGUUGGAACAUUGAGUUCUGAUACUGAAUUCAACAAAAGCUGAAGAGUUGGAAAAACAAAAAUUGAUUCUAAACAAACAUUAACAAAUUCAAAAUUCAUCUUUAUGCUCUUGUUUUGUCUAGCUUCUUUUAUUGUUUGUUUUUCGUUUUUCUUUCAAGGAAAUUAAAGCAAUAAGUUUUCAUGGAGAAACGGAAUCAAACUUCAAAUGAUUUCCUUUUGUUGGGACUUCUUCCCCCAAAUCAAACUGGCAUGCUGCUCUUGUUCCUUAUCCUCCUUGUAUUCUUUCUGGCCUCAGUGGGAAACUCAACCAUGAUUUACCUCAUUUGCAUGGAUUCCCGACUCCACACACCCAUGUACUUCCUCCUCAGCCAGCUCUCCCUCAUGGACAUGAUGUACAUUUCUACUAUAGUCCCCAAGAUGAUACACAACUUCCUCUCUGGCCACAAAGGCAUCUCUUUCCUAGGAUGUGGCUUUCAAAACUUCUUCUUCGUGACAAUGGCCGGUUCUGAAGGCUUACUCUUAGCCUCCAUGGCCUAUGACCGUUAUGUGGCCAUCUGUCACCCCCUCCAUUAUCCCAACCGUAUGAGUAGAAGGAUGUGUGUCCAGAUGAUUAUAGGAUCUUGGAUCUUGGGGUCCAUCAACUCUUCGGCACACACAACCUAUAUCCUUCAUAUUCCUUACUGCCGGUCCAGGGCCAUUGAUCAUUUCUUUUGUGAUAUCCCAGCCAUGGUGUCUCUCGCAUGUAUGGACACCUGGGACUAUGAGUACAUGGUUUUUGUGAGCACAAGCCUCUUUCUCCUCCUUCCUUUCCUUGGCAUCACUGCUUCCUACGGCAGAGUCCUUCUGGCUGUCUACCAUAUGCGCUCCAAAGAAGGAAGGAAAAAGGCCUUCACCACCUGUUCAGCACAUUUAACUGUAGUUACCUUUUACUAUGUACCAUUUGUUUACACCUAUCUUCGGCCCAGGAAUGUCCACUCACCAGCACAAGAUAAGAUUUUGGCAGUUUUUUACACCAUCCUCACUCCCAUGCUCAAUCCUAUUAUUUACAGCCUGAGAAAUAAGGAAGUCCUGGGGGCCAUGAAAAGACUGUUUGGAGUAUUUUCUUCCAAGAAAAAAUAGUCAUGGCUCUCCUUAUUCCUUUUUUUUUUUUCUUCUUCAUGUUGUUAAGAACAUUCUAGUGCUGUUCAAU